GUGUGGCAGCACCUUUAGCAACCUGUUUUCGAGGUGGGUGUUUUUUAGUUGCGCGUUAACCAUGGCAGAGAAGUUGUAUGCUAAAUUGUUCAGUUAAGUUUAGUUCUUAGUGUACAAUCAACUAAUAAACUCAACAACAUGUCGACUCUACUGAAAUGGGCUCAGAACACACAAGGAAAACUCAACAGUAAGAACACCAACGGAACCAGUGGGGAACGCAAAUGGAUACAUCCACCCGAAGCCCUCCAAAAAGGCCACAUAGCCUACCUCGUCAAAUUCCUAGGUAACACAGUCGUAGACCAGCCAAAAGGUAUAGAAGUAGUCAAAGAGGGAAUCAGAAAGUUGCGAUUCACCCAACAACUUCGAAAAAGUGAAACAGGUGCCAAAACGAGGAAAGUCGAACUUACGAUCAGUAUAGAUGGAGUCGCCAUUCAGGAACCUAGAACCCAUGUGAUUUUACACCAGUUUCCCUUGCAUAGGAUAUCCUACUGCGCUGAUGAUAAAGGGGAGAAAAAGUUCUUUUCGUUUAUUGCCAAACAACCAAACCAAGUGGAUAAUGACGCUGAAGAGAAACACGAGUGUUUCGUCUUUAUUUCUGAUAAACUGGCAGAAGAGAUAACGCUAACUAUAGGCCAAGCUUUUGAGUUAGCUUACAAGAGAUUCUUAGAAACGUCGGGAAAAGAUUUAGAGUCGCAGAGACGGGCCAUGAUAACCCAACAAAAAAUUAAGUUAUUAGAACAAGAGAACAAUAUUUACAAGCAACGACUCUUGGAUAUCUCACAUUUUAGCAACAUCAAGCCGGAACUAGAACAAUAUAUGAGAAAAAAAGAGAUCAAGAACAUCCUAGAGAUCCCUCUUUCGAACAGCAUCAGUCCCAAUGAAAGUUCAGAACCGGUCAAUGGAAACGCUAAGAAUCUCGUCGACUUUGCUUCAGAUAACACAAAUGGAAACGCACCACCGAUUCCCCCACGCGCUUUUGAGAAUACUCCUACUGUAGGAACGAAACUGGAAGGACUUCUUUUGAAUGAAUUUGAACAAGAUAACGAUUUUGAUCCCAGAUCGUUUGAAAACAACCACAACGUCUUUUCCAGCACGAAUGGGAACGCCUCAAGCCCUCCAUUAAUUGCUCCACCGCCCAAGGCGGUGAGAAGGACCAAUAUUAAUAACAAUGAAACAACCGCCGCAAGGACUGUAGGACAGGACUUGUUUGGAACGGGACCUUUUAGUCCACAGACAAAUGUUUCGUCUAAUGUAACGAAUGAUAAAGCGUUUGACCCCUUUGAGAUGGGCGAUUUUAGUUCAGCUGCUUCGUCGCAAGAUAUUGAAAAUGCCAUUGGACUUCUAGAUAAGAGAAUUCUGGAAAUGAAGACUGGAUUCAGUCGUGGAAUCAGCUUUGGAAACGACGAUUUUUCCCUAGAGAGUCUAGAUCCUCUAAAAAAUUAAUCUUUACUGUGUAAAUUAAUUAUACAAAGUAUUUUGUCAUAUUGGCAAGUCAUCUUCAUCGUGAUUAACCUCUAGAUCAAAAUCGAAUAUGUUAUGUAGUAUUUUUAGGCUGUAUUUUGUUAUAUCAAGUAUUAUGAAGAUGUAUAUCUGUUUAAAAAUUUGCACUAUAUUUUGUUAUGUAUGAGAUUUAUAUAAUAUUUUGAAUAUAAGUAUUACUGGUAA